GCUAAUCUUAACUGCCAACUAAUGCGUAGUGUGUGAUAACAUGCACAAUUGAAAGGAUAGUCAUUUUAGGUAAUACCUUAAAAAAUGCAGUUCAGAAAGUAAUUUACCUAUUACUAGUACAAAUUUAGUAAUAUAUAACUAACUACAUCUUCAUUUGUGUAAAACAUUACUGCCUUUCUACAAAAUUACUGAAUCAAAGAUUUGAAGUAGUGUUUUUCUUCCCUGUGGAUUAUCUUCAUUGUAAACUCAUUUUUAUUGUAAUUUGUGUUUCUUGACUUGUCAUCAACACAUGUAUUUUAAUUUUCAACUUCAUCUUAAUGAAUCAUACUUAUAUCUUGGUCAGUUGUAAGCUAUCCUUUUACUAUACUUAGCUUAUUUCAUUUUAAGUAAAAUAGGUAUAGCCUUUAAUGUACAAGUGCACAUUUUUUAAAGGUACUUUUAAAAAAUAUUUAUUAUGUAUACAACGUUCUGCCUGCAUACCAGAAGAGGGCACCAGAUCUCAGUACAGAUGGUUGUGAGCCACUAUGUGCUUUCUGGGACUUGAACUCAGGACCUCUGGAAGAGCAGUCAGUGCUCUUAACCUCUGAGCCAUUUCUCCAGCCCCAGUAGUGCACAUUUUAAAAAAACACAGUAAUGGGAUAUUUCUUACGGUAGAACAUGUACAUCUAAGGCCAGUUUUCCUGUGUGUCUGUAACUAUUGGAUUUUGUUAGUGUUCAGGCAUCUCUAAAACAUUAAAAGCUCUGUUAGCACUUGAAUAGUGAAUCAGUUAAAGUUUCUCACUCAUUUUGCAUUUUGAACUCUAAAUAUUUCUAUCUACAGAGCAGCCCAGAAAACUAAAAUUUUCACCUCCUAGAACCCUGUUAUCUUGGAAUCUCUGCAGUUGUUUAGCAUUCAAGUAAGCCUAUGUUUCUGAGACAAUAUUUCAGAAAACACUCCAUUGACACAUUCUAAUUUAGUUGUGAACCAUAUACAACUGAUGUUUGACAUAUUUGAAUCAACGUGAAAAGAAUUUAACCAGCUGCCCUUGCUGAAUCUUUUGUCCUGUCUCAAGAAUAUGGGUUUUACUAUGUAGCCCUGAUAGCCUGGAACAGCCAUGGGAAUGCUAGGAUUAGAGUUGUUGAUCACAUAGCAUGGUCAUCCACUCACAGCUUAAAAAAAAUACAGGGAGCAUCGGAGAGAAUGGGUUCAAUGUAUCUAUGCCUGCCUACUUCAAUCUGCAAGGGAGUUUCAGAAAGGCCCCGCAUUCGCCGAGCCGAGAUACCACUCGUCAACGAAUCAAAUUCAGCGAUGACAGAGUAUGCAAGAGCCACCUUCUCAACUGUUGCCCCCAUGAUGUCCUUUCUGGAACUAGAAUGGAUCUUGGAGAAUGCCUGAAAGUCCAUGACCUGGCUUUAAGAGCAGAUUAUGAAAUUGCAUCCAAAGAACAAGACUUUUUCUUUGAACUUGAUGCCAUGGAUCAUCUGCAGUCAUUCAUUGCAGAUUGUGAUCGAAGAACAGAAGUGUCGAAGAAAAGAUUAGCAGAAACUCAAGAAGAGAUAAGUGCUGAAGUGGCAGCAAAGGCUGAGCGUGUUCAUGAAUUAAAUGAAGAAAUAGGUAAAUUGUUGGCCAAAGUGGAGCAACUAGGAGCUGAAGGAAAUGUGGAAGAGUCUCAGAAAGUUAUGGAUGAAGUAGAAAAGGCACGGGCUAAAAAAAGAGAAGCAGAGGAAGUUUAUCGGAAUUCUAUGCCAGCUUCCAGUUUCCAACAGCAGAAACUUCGAGUCUGUGAAGUCUGUUCUGCAUAUUUAGGUCUUCAUGAUAAUGACAGGAGACUUGCUGAUCAUUUUGGGGGUAAAUUGCACCUGGGAUUUAUUGAAAUAAGAGAGAAGCUUGAAGAAUUAAAGAGAGUUGUAGCUGAGAAGCAGGAGAAGAGAAACCAGGAACGUCUCAAACGAAGAGAAGAGAGGGAGAGAGAAGAACGGGAAAAACUGAGGAGGUCCCGGUCACAUAGCAAGAAUCCCAAAAGAUCUAGAUCCAGAGAGCAUCGCAGACACCGAUCUCGCUCUAUGUCACGAGAACGCAAGAGGAGGACUCGAUCCAAGUCUCGGGAGAAACGCCAUCGCCACAGGUCCAGGUCCAGCAGCCGCAGCCGCAGCCGCAGCCACCAGAGAAGUCGGCACAGUUCAAGAGAUAGGAGCAGAGAGCGAUCCAAGAGGAGAUCCUCAAAAGAAAGAUUCAGAGACCAAGACUUAGCAUCACGUGACAGAGACAGGAAUUCAAGAGACAGAUCACCUCGUGACCGAGAUGGAAAAGAUAAGAAACGGUUUUAUGAGAGUGCUAAUGGCAGAUCAGAAGACAGGAGGAGCUCUGAAGAGCGUGAAGCAGGGGAGGUCUAACUAGCUGUGUCCAUACCUUCAAUCUUUAAGCUUCCUAUGGCGUUACAUGAUUAGUUUACAGCUGUUCAGGGUGACAGUAAACAGUCAGGCUAAAUGUGUGGUAUAUAACAAUCUGAACCAAACCUGUUUUCCUUGAUACGGCCUAAAACUGCAUCUACAGUUGCUGGUAACCCUGAACAUACAGUUUUAUAUAGUCAGACACUGAUCUCUAGCCUUUCAAGUAGGAGUGAUAGUGAAUGAAUAGUGUUAAUGCCUUGACAUUUUUGAACAUUUGUAAAAUAGUCUUCCUCUCUAUUCCAAAUAGCAGCUUUAAGAAUCUUUUUCCUUUGACAUUUUUAUCUCCAAAUACCUGUGCCUCCAACUGUAAGAGAAAAGGAGGCAGGGAAGCAAUAUAACUUCUGUUCUAAGAUUCUGUUCACAUCAAUUACUAGUUGAUUACAGUUGAGCAUUUCUACAGGA